CUAUAUCGGGACUCCAACAGGACGCUAUACUUUUAUUUUCCAGCGAGCUGAUAAAUAGACCACAUGAUGGUUCGACUUAUAAGGGAGACGCUCCAGUAGUCGCGGCAUUUCGGUACUUUCAAGAAGGCGCAGAAUCACCACCAAGAAGGAUGAUCCUCUUCACGACCACGCUUCUGCUCUUAGCGGGGCUCAGCCAACAGCAGUCCACCGAGGAUCUUAAUGCGUACGUGGACAAGAUACUGAAGGAAGAGCUUCCCGCCGAGAAGAUUGACCCCUUGACAACGCGUGGCUUCAGCUUCCACAUCAGGGACCACCCACACGUCGUGAGCGUGAAGUUCCAGCCAUCAACCAUUACCGGUCUCGGCACCAUCCAGCGCUCGGGAGACUGCUCGUCUUACAACCGGCUGUUCCCGUACCGAGUAUACGUUGGCUGCAACGUCACUUACGGAGAAAUCAAGGUGAGUGUGAAGAGCCAGCUCAAGUACGACCGUAACAGCACGACCGUCACGGCUGACACGACGUUUCCGGAGGUUCACGGCCGCCUGUACGUGUCCGCCGGUGCCUGGAAGGGGCCCAGGGCACGCGCCUUCCCCAAGCUCGGAAACUUCACCACCACAUUCACUGGCCUGGACGAAAACCCCCAAACUCAGAAGCUGCGCUGGGGAUACUACGAGGUGAUCCGCGACAUUCUGGCCGUCAGCAUCGAGAGGACCCUGUCCUGGGCCAUCUCCGAAAGCGCCGGCAAGGUCCUCUGGCCCUGCUGCUAGGGUGUGGCUACUGAAAACAGAACAGAUACCGACAAUAAAAGGCAGUGAUCACACGCUUGACAACA